AUAAACUCAUGAAGAACUGGGGUGUUAUAGGUGGAAUUGCCGCUGCACUAGCAGCAGGAAUAUAUGUUAUUUGGGGUCCCAUUACAGAAAGAAAGAAGCGUAGAAAAGCAGAAGAGGGAAGUAUGUCAGAUUUUGUUGAUCUCUUUGCAGAAGGACUGAUCAGAAUGGCAGUAGUGGUGUCUUUCCCACUGAUUAUAAGAACAAAAUCAUUGUCCUGGGGAACAGGAACAGAACAAUUGUUUUCUUCUGUUGUGAGAAACAUUGCUUUCUUAACAAAGAAGAGAGAGAGUGAGGGAGAGAAAGAGAGAGAGAGGUUACUAAGUGUCUCUGAACAUUCAAUGGAAGCCAGGCUGUGCCAGACACUCUGGUGCAUUUCAGUAGUCACACGCGGCCCGGACUUGUCCUUCUGCGGCUUAUGGUCCCCUGAAGGAGCAGUGGUAGGACUGGGCCUCGGCUAGGACAGGAUGCCUGGCCCCCUGCUCUCUGUGGAUGAGGACUUUCUGAGGGCUUGUGCCUGGCCUUGUCAACCUGGGGAACACCUGCUUCAUGAACUCCCUGCUGCAAGGCCUGUCUGCCUGCCCCACCUUCAUCAAGUGGCUGGAAGAGUUCACCACCCAGUACACCAAGGGUCAGGAGGAGUCCCCCCAACACCAGCGCUUGUCCUUGACACUGUUGCAUCUCUUGAAAGCUUUAUCCUGCCAAGAAGUCACUGAUGAAGAGGUCUUGGAUGCAAGCUGCUUGUUGGACGUCUUAAGAAUGUACAGAUGGCAGAUCUCUUCGUUUGAAGAGCAGGACGCUCAUGAGUUAUUCCAUGUCAUUACCUCGUCUUUGGAGGAUGAGCGGGACCACCAGCCCCGGGUCACACAUCUGUUUGACGUGCAUUCCCUAGAGCAGCAGUCAGAAAUGACUCCCAGACAGAUCACCUGCCACACCAGAGGGUCACCUCAUCCCACAUCCAGCCACUGGAAGUCCCAGCAUCCUUUUCAUGGAAGACUUACUAGUAACAUGGUCUGCAAACACUGUGAGCACCAGAGUCCCGUUCGAUUUGAUACCUUCGAUAGCCUUUCACUAAGUAUUCCAGCUGCCACAUGGGGUCAUCCACUGACCCUGGACCACUGCCUUCACCACUUCAUCUCGUCGGAAUCCGUGCGGGAUGUCGUAUGUGACAACUGUACGAAGAUUGAAGCGAAAGGGACGCUGAAUGGGGAGAAGGUGGAACACCAGAGGACCACGUUUGUCAAACAGUUGAAACUAGGGAAGCUCCCCCAGUGUCUGUGCAUCCACCUCCAGCGGCUGAGCUGGUCCAGCCACGGCACACCCCUGAAGCGGCACGAGCACGUGCAGUUCAACGAGUUCCUGAUGAUGGACAUCUACAAGUAUCACCUCCUCGGACACAAACCCGUUCACCGCAGCCCCGAGCUGCACGAGAAGGCAGGGCCUGCGCUGGAGCUGCAGGACGGGCCGGCAGCCCCCAAGCCAGUUCGGAGUCACCCGGGGGGCCCCAAAACACAGAUUUGCAUGAACGGCGCCUGCUCCCCAUCUUUCUUGCCCACGCUGCCAACCCCGAUGCCCUUCCCCCUCCCAGCUGUUCCUGACUACAGCUCCUCCACGUACCUCUUCCAGCUGGUGGCAGUUGUUGUCCACCACGGAGACAUGCACUCGGGACACUUCGUGACCUACCGACGGUCCCCGCCUUCGGCCAAGAACCCUCUCUCCACCAGCAACCAGUGGCUGUGGAUUUCUGACGACACCGUCCGCAAGGCCAGCCUGCAGGAGGUGCUGUCCUCCAGCGCCUACCUGCUGUUUUACGAGCGUGUUCUUUCCAAGAUGCAGCACCAGAGUCAGGAGUGCAAGUCUGAAGAAUGACUCUGCCCUGGCCCCGAAGCUAGAGCUGAUGGCUCCGUCCAAGCUGUGUGCGUGUGCGUGUGCGUGUGUGCUAUGGUGUGUACGUGCAAGCAGCCCCACUAGAGUCCUGCAGCCUUCUGGCGUGUUCUAAGAGCAGGCGCCACACAGGAGCUGGUGGCCCCGAUUCAAACGAGGUCAGGCUCCCCGCACAGCUCUGCCCGUGCGUACCGGGCAGCGGUGCCGGGCUAGGAAAACAGUCAUUGCGUCUAGAGCGUGUCUUGUCACUCACCUGAUCCAGGUAAUUAAAAGAAACCAGACUCCAGAAGCCACCUUUUUUAGAUUGCUACAUUAGGUGUUCUCAGAGGGGAGUUAACUUUGUCUGAUCCUCCAGCGUUUCAGCAUAGAUCUUUUAUUUUUAAUAAGCAGUCCCAUAAAAAUGGUUGAAUUAGUGAAAUUACUAAAGGCAACAACUUCGAAGAAAAAGUGCCUUUCACUCUCAAUUGCUUUCGUAGCAUGUCCCUUCUGGAAAACACACCUCAUCUGGGAAUCAUAUCAACAAUUUUUGAAAAGCUCUGUACCUUCCAAAGUUACCGAAUAGAGAGCAACAGAACAGUUAACAGACGCCUGAUGCACACCCGCCUUCCCUUUUUAUAUGUCUUUUUCUAACCUUUCGAUUCUUUAUAUGUAGUAAAAGCUCACGUGCCAAAUCCACCCCUCGGGGAAAUUCUUUCUCUACUUUGUCAGUUACCAGUGACCAGCUUUCUCUUUGCUGUUAUCUUUUGUAUCCCGGACUCCGAAGUGUGAUGAUUGCAUAUUAUAUAACUGUGUGAACAGCCAGAACUCGGUGGCCUGUGUGCCACACCUAGGACUCCUCCGCUCUGUAGAAAACCCUUUCUCACACGAGGACCCCACGGUGGACAGCUAUUCUCAUCUAUUUAUUUAUUGCCCAUGAAGAGCUCCUGAGGUUUACAGGUGGAGCCGGGGGCUGUGUCAGAAAGACAAUCCUGGCCUCCAUUUGAGAGCUGGAUUCUGAAAGAAGGGCACUGACCUUGGGGCUGCUGCCUCUCUGGACCUCAGUUUCCUCAUCUGUAAAGUGAUGAGUUAGAUUCCAUGACCAUCCGAGUCCAGCCCUUCCCACAAAAAAGAAGUUUAAAAGAACUUUUUGAACAUAAAAUUAUGGCUGAUAUCUAGUACUGUCAUUCUGUUCUAGGUCCAUAUUCUAAAUGUAUUCGUUUCCAGUAGCCUCAUACAAAAGACCUCUCUUGGGCAUCCUCCCCUCUCUUCAGGUAAGUCUAAUGAAGGCAGCCCAGGGCCGAAGGAAUUUUGAUGACACAGGGGUAUCUAUGUUUUAGAUAGGCUCUUUUAUUUAAAACAAAAAACAAAUGCAGACUGACUCUUCAGAGAUAAGAUUUGGAAUCA